CCAAGUCUGGGUUGCUUAAAUCCUGUGUACCAAACACCUCUCCUGUCAUCGUCUCCGAAAAGCCUAAACCCAGAACCUGAAUCGGACUCCAGUUUUCAGCCAAAAAAAAUCGACAAAAUACCUCCAUUAACCGAGGAUGCAGAGAGUAUGCAGUAAGCUACGGUUUCUGGUGUUGCGGUCUACCCAGAAGCUCGCUCCUGUCUCGUCUUCUCACUGCCUGCUACAUUCUUCCUUGCAAUCUCACCUACCCAGUCAAUUCACGACAAGUCUAUGGAGCUCGGACACUACUUUCAACUUGCGAAACUAUUAUCCUUCAGUAGCUCAUAUUUCCUUGGGCUCUUCUCUGCUUCCCCGUUCCUUGGUUCAAGUGCGGCAUGUUUCCUCCCGUGAGCGAGCAAAGAAGAGGAAGCCAAUGACACCAGUUAAAUCCAAAGUCAAGAAAAUUAAGAUGAAGUCAUAUUCGUCUUACAAGUCAAGAUUUAGGACACUGAAUGAUGGUACAAUUCGUCGCUGGAAGGAGGGCAAACGUCAUAAUGCACACUUGAAGGUGCAUCUUUUCUUGUUUAACCCAUUUUACCUUCCAAUUUGGUUGAAAACCAGAUGAAAGUCCAGCUAUUUAUACUUUUUCUGUCAUGGAAAGAAGUCCAGCCAACUUUAUGUAUUUUGCCUUUGAUGGUUUAUGAAUCUUAUCUUGAUUUGCUUUUGA